GUCUGCUGCCGUGUUCUGCAGCAGCGCUGUAUACUUAGUAUAUAUUCAGACGCUUGCGUGUGCUUCCUUAGUUUAGGGCAACGGGCAAAAGAAACGGAGCGAAAUCAUCAGUGUACCUUACACAAGGGAUUACUUAUAGCUUUCUCAACAGGAACGAUAAACUCUAAUGGGGAGCAUUGUAGCAACAGCCGAGGAAAUUUAGUAAAUGUCUGAAUCAGACCUGCUGAGCAGCGAACAAAUCGACGGUUUGGAUGUUCUAGAGAAUGGUCAAGAGGUUGACACAAUCAUGCAGUGUGACAGUGUAAAACGUGAUUUUAAUGAAGCCAACAUUGAUGACCCUGAACUUGAAGCUAUUAAAGCUCGAGUCAGAGAAAUGGAAGAGGAGGCUGAAAAACUCAAACAGCUUCAGUCCGAAGUUGACAAGCAAAUGAACAUGGGUAGUCCUCCUGGAAUCACUAGCCCAUUAAAUAUGUCAAUUGAAGAUAAAAUGGAAGUAGAUAAUAGAUCUAUUUACGUUGGCAAUGUUGACUAUGGUGCUACUGCAGAAGAAUUAGAACAACAUUUUCAUGGUUGUGGCAGUAUUAAUCGAGUAACCAUUUUAUGUAACAAAUUUGACGGACAUCCCAAAGGGUUUGCAUACAUUGAAUUUGCAGACCGAGAUUCUGUUCAAACAGCUAUGGCUAUGGAUGAUUCUAUGUUCAGAGGACGUCAAAUAAAAGUUAUGCCAAAAAGAACAAAUAGACCGGGAAUGUCUAUGACGAACAGAGGACCAAGAGGAGUUAGAGGGUACAGAGGAACGACUCGUGGAAUUAGUAGGGGAAGCGCUUACUUUGGUUAUAGACCAACCAGGCGUCCAAGGAGUUACAGGCGCGGAUACUACAUGCCAUAUUGACUUGUUAGGCAUUCUUCGAUUUUUAUAAUUCUGAGGUAAGUUUCUCAUAAUUUUUUUAUCAUUCUUUGUAAUAUUAUCUACUAACUCUAUAUUAAGAUGACUACUAUUUCACCAGUGAUUGUUCAUUAAUAUUUUCUUCGUUGAUCACUAACAUAAAACUUUAUAUUAAAUCUUUUCAUG